GCUCUAAUAUGGCGGCAUUGUUUUCAUCGCGCACACUAGAUUGCAAAGAUUUACACAGUUACCUGAAGACAUUGUCAUCACAUAUACUUGACAGACUUUAUAACCAUCCAGCUACAUGUUUAGCAGUAUAUAGAGAACUUCCAGAAUUAGCCAAACAUUAUGUGAUGAGAUUGUUAUUUGUUGAUCAGCCAGUAUCCCAGGCUGUAAUAUCAUUGUGGGUCAACAAUAAACAUGCACAGGAACACAGACUAUCAACACGAGCUCUGACUGAUCUUAGAAUCUGGUAUGAGCAACCUUUACCUGGAGGUAUGCAAGGUUGGAUCCUCAACAUGACCUUUAAAGCCAACAUGAAAACAGCACUACUGGGAGGUGGUAAACCAUGGACUGGUAGAGGUAAAGCACCCUUGCCACCUGACAGAAAUAGUCGAGAUGUGGAGUUUCUGGAUAAAUACGCCAUUGAAAGAUGGGAGUGUGUGCUACAUUUCAUGGUUGGUUCCCGGGAAGGAACAGAUGGUGUGAGCCGGGACACAAUAGAGGUUCUCAAACACUCAGGAUUAAUGAAAGUCGAGGAAGGUGACCCUUUGCCAUACAUAACACCUGGAGGUUUCCAGUUUUUGUUGAUGGAUACACCUUCACAAAUCUGGUUUUUCAUGCUACAAUACUUGGACAUGGUGGACAGUCGAGGUCUGGACCUUGUUGAAUGUCUCUCAUUUCUGUUUCAACUUAGUUUUUCAACUUUAGGAAAAGACUACAGCACAGAUGGUAUGAGUGAUGGACAGCAGAGAUUUUUACAACAUUUACGAGAAUUUGGACUCGUGUACCAAAGAAAGAGAAAAGAGAAGAGAUAUUACCCAACUAGAUUAGCUAUAAACCUGGCGUCUGGCUUGACUAGUAUAGGUACAGACUCUCACAGACAAGGAUUUAUUGUUGUAGAGACUAAUUAUAGACUCUAUGCUUACACUGAUUCUCCACUAAAUAUAGCAUUGUUAGCUUUAUUCACGGAGAUGUUAUACAGAUUUCCUAACAUGGCAGUUGGUAACCUGUCCCGAGAUAGUGUAAGAGCUGCACUAAUGAGGGGAAUUACAGCUGAACAAAUUAUAAGUUUUCUAAGAUCUCAUGCACAUCCAGAAAUGAUGAAAGAGAAACCUUCACUUCCAGCAGUAAUUAUUGAUCAGGUACGGUUAUGGGAGCUGGAACGAGACAGAUUUAAAUUCAACGAUGGCGUGUUAUAUAGUCAGUUCCUGUCUCAAUCUGAUUUUGAAAAACUUCGAGAUUAUGCAAAAGAGCUAGGUGUAUUAGUGUGGGACAACAACAACAAGAGAGUGAUGGUUGUCUCAAGGGCUGGUCACGAUUCUGUCAAAAAAUACUGGAAACAACAGAAACAGUCGUAACCCUGUACCUCCUGAAUUUGUGUAAUGGAUUGGCCUUGCUUUCAAUUUGGAACUGUCCAU